GUGCUCGAGAUGGAACAAUCGGACGCCAGAAUAAGCAGUCCAGAGAUCUCUGCAUCUCCAGUACAGCAAACUCAUGGCAUCGAACUCGAGACAUUAAAAAACGCUAAUAGAAACUCAUCGAAGAAGGAUGCGGAAGCGUUGCCAGACGAUGAAGGCAGUCAGUCAAAGCAAAAGAAGUCUCUAGCCUUCAAAUUGGCUUUCAUUGGGUUGUCUGCUACACUGUUCGUAUUCCAAGUAGAUGCAACAGCACUUGGCAUUGCACUGCCGACAAUAGCCAAUGAUCUCAAAGGCUCAAGUCUAGAGUCUUUCUGGGCCAACCUAUCUUAUACACUAUGCGGUCUGGUGAUGCAGCCGGUUUGGGCAAGCAUAUCAAACGCAUUCGGCCGAAAACCACCUCUUUAUGUCUGCAUUUGUCUCUUCUUUAUCGGAUCCAUCGCUUUUGCCGUCGCUCAAAACAUGAAGACCAUUAUCGUAGGUCGUGUACUCCAAGGUUUUGGCGGCGGCGGCAUCGAUGUUCUUAUUCAGGUCAUUCUCGCGGACAUGACAACACUCGAAGAACGAUCGAAAUAUUUGGGCUUGAUGGGUAUUCCCAAUGCAGUGGGCAAUAUUCUCGGGCCAUCUGUCGGAGCUUUGUUUUCUACGUACGCCACUUGGCGAUGGAUCGGAUGGAUCAAUCUCCCCAUUCUUGCAAUUGGAACGCCGUUGGUAUUCUUCUUUCUCAAGUUACGGCCUGUCACGAUGGACGCUUCACUUGCUAGCAACAUUGAACGCCUUGACUGGAUUGGAAUGAGCCUUGUUGUCUCUGGUAUCACAGUUUUCGUGUUGCCGCUCAGUUGGGCUGGCUCCUUAUUUCCAUGGGCUGCAUGGCAGACAUUGGUUCCGAUGAUCCUGGGAGUCUUGGUUCUUGUUGCUUUCGUCUUUUACGAAGCGAAGCCUGCUGCACCAAUUAUGCCUCAUCGAUUGUUCCAUUCCAUCACUGCCAACAUGACAUUGCUCGGAGGUUUCAUUCACGGAGCCAUCCUUGUUUCGUUACUUCAAUACCUGCCACUGAUUUAUCAAGCAGUAUAUCUGGAGACGCCGAUCAGGUCAGCUGUUUUCCUGUUGCCAACUUCCAUCAUUAGUGUAUUCAUUGCAGUAAUCUCCAUGAUGAUGGUGCCAUGGUUUGGAGGUUAUACCUGGCUAUUGCGAUUCUCAUGGGCAUUGCUGGCUCUUGGUACUGGUAUUCUGGCACUCUUCAAUCUCAGUUCACCCUCACCGAUGCUUUUUGGACUCCCCGUCAUCUGGGGAACAGGCGUUGCUCUUCUGCGACUAAACCUUCUACCGAUGCAAGCCAGCGUCAAGAAUGUCGACGACACAGGCGUCGCAAUCGGACAGUUCCUCACGAUUCGCAUGUUUGGAGGGCUGAUCGGUUUGACCAUCGCCUCUGCAAUAUUCAACACUGUCUUUGCAAAGACUAUCGCCUCUAGCUCUUUGCAGCUUACAGGGCCUCUUGCACCUUUGGAAGACGCCUCAAAAGCCGUUGCUUUCAUCAAAGAACUCGGGUCCUUGAGCAUUUCUCGAGGAACACUCAAUGAGGUACUAAGAGUGUACCUCGAAUGUUUCCGCACGAUCUUCUACACAAUGGCAGGCUUGGGUGCUUUGGGGCUGUUGACGUCAAUGUUCCUUGAGGAGAUUGACCUCAAGAACCAAGGCCGCGGCAAUCAACGUUUUGAAGACUAGGACACGGGUCGACUGCCAUCGAAUGGCUAUUCACAGAUGAGACAAAGCCCGUCUUCUGACAACCCGAUAUCGACCACUUAUGGAAUAAUAGAUCCCAUAUGAUUCAAUAAUGAUAGACAUACUUCUCGAUAUGUAAUUGUAAUCCCAAAAGAUUCCCGAAC